CCUCCGACGCUCACCGCUUCCAGGCCCAGCCAUUCCAGGCCUUGAGGUGGGAAGUCCCCUGAGAAAUGCUGAGAGUCCCUUUAACCAUUUAGUGUUCAGUUCAUCUGAACAAAAAGGAAAGUGAAAGCAAAAGUGUCCCCUCGGGUAUAAAACCUGUUGCACUAGGAGCAGAAAGCAGACCCUGCCCUGGUGAACAAUGGCUUCGUUUCGUGCAGAGCCCAAGCCUGGAGACCUGAUUGAGAUUUCCCGCAUUGGCUCCUCACACUGGGCCCUCUAUGUGGGCGAUGGUGAUGUGAUCCACCUGGCUCCCCCAGGGGAGAACUCUGAGGCUGGAUCUCCCACCGCUUUAGGGGUGGUGAAAAAGGAGCUCCUUGUGGAAGUGCUGGAGUACUGCUCAUAUAAGGUCAACAACUAUUUGGACCACCUGUACAAACCACGGCCCAUAAAGGAGAUCAUCAAGUUUGUGAACGGGUUGGUUGGUAAGAAGAUGGGGCAGCCGGAUAAGAAAAUGAACUGUGAGCACUUUGUCACGGAUCUGAGAUAUGGCAAUGCCCUCAGCGGGCAGUUCCUUGAAGAGCCGAAGCCUGGAGACCUGAUUGAGAUUUUACACAUCGGCUCCUCGCACUGGGCCCUCUAUGUGGGCGAUGGUCAUGUGAUCCACCUGGAUCUCCCGGGGGAGAAGUCUGAGGCUGGAUCCCCCACUGGCUUAGGGGAGGUGAAAAGGCAGCUCCUGGUGGAAGUGGUGGGAAACUGCUUCUAUAAGGUCAACAACCACUUGGACCACCUGUACAAACCACGCCCCAUAAAGGAGAUGCUCAGUGCUGGGAAGGAGAUGGUUGGUAAGGAGAUGGAGUACAGUGUUCUGAGCAGGAACUGUGAGCACUUUGUCACGGAUCUAAGAUAUGGCAAGGCCCACAGCCGGCAGAUUCGUGCAGAGCCCAAGCCUGGAGACCUGAUUGAGAUUUUGCUCAUUGGCUCCUCGCACUGGGCCCUCUAUGUGGGCGAUGGUGAUGUGAUCCACCUGGCUCCCCCAGGGGAGAACUCUGAGGCUGGCGCCCCCACAGGCUUAGGGGUGGUGAAAAGGCAGCCCUUGGUGGAAGUGGUGGGAAACUGCUUCUAUAAGGUCAACAACCACUUGGACCACCUGUACAGACCACGGCCCAUAGAGGAGAUGGUCAGUUCUGGGAAGGAGAUGCUUGGUAUGGAGAUGGAGUACAGGGUUCUCAGCAGGAACUGUGAGCACUUUGUCACCGAUCUGAGAUACUGCAAGGCCCGCAGCCGAAAGUUUCGUGAAGAGCCCAACCCUGGAGACCUGAUUGAGAUUUCCCGCAUUGGCUCCUCGCACUGGGCCCUCUAUGUGGGCGAUGGUUAUGUGAUCCACCUGGCUCCCCCAGGGGAGAACUCUGAGGCUGGCGCCCCCACCAGCUUAGGGGUGGUGAAAAGGCAGCUCCUUGUGGAAGUUUUAGAAAACUGCUUCUAUAAGGUCAACAACCACUUGGACCACCUGUACAGCCCACGGCCCAUACAUGAGAUGAUCAAAUCUGGGAAGGAGAUGGUUGGUAUGGAGAUGGAGCACAGUGUUCUGAGCAGGAACUGUGAGCACUUUGUCACGGAUCUGAGAUACGGCAAGGCCCGCAGCCGGAAGUUUCGUGCAAAGCCCAAGCCUGGAGACCUGAUUGAGAUUCCCCGCAUUGGCUCCUCGCACUGGGCCCUCUAUGUGGGCGAUGGUUAUGUGAUCCACCUGGCUCCCCCAGGGGAGAACUCUGAGGCUGGUGCCCCCACCAGCUUAGGGGAGGUGAAAAGGCAGCUCCUUGAGGAAGUGGUGGGAAACUGCUCUUAUGAGGUCAACAACCACUUGGACCACCUGUACAAACCACGGCCCAUAGAGGAGAUGGUCAGAUCUGGGAAGGAGAUGGUUGGUAAGAAGAUGGAGUACAGUGAUCUGAGCAGGAACUGUGAGCGCUUUGUCACGGAUCUGAGAUACGGCAAGGCCCGCAGCCGGCAGUUUCGUGAAGAGCCCAUGCCUGGAGACCUGAUUCAGAUUUUUCGAUUUUUCACCUCACACUGGGCGCUCUAUGUGGGCGAUGGUUAUGUGAUCCACCUGGAUCCCCCAGGGGAGAACUCUGGGGCUGGCGCCCCCACCGGCUUAGGGGAGGUGAAAAGGCAGCUCCUCGUGGAAGUGGUUGGACACUGCUUCUAUAAGGUCAACAACCACUUGGACCACCUGUACAGACCACGGCCCAUAAAGGAGAUGCUCAGUUCUGGGAAGGAGAUGGUUGGUAUGGAGAUGGAGUACAGUGAUCUGAGCAGGAACUGUGAGCACUUUGUCACCGAUCUGAGAUACGGCAAAGCUCACAGCCGACAGCUUCGUGAAGAGCCCAAGCCUGGAGACCUGAUUGAGAUUCCCCGCACUGGCUCCUCGCACUGGGCCCUCUAUGUGGGCGAUGGUGAUGUGAUCCACCUGGCUCCCCCAGGGGAGAACUCUGAGGCUGGCGCCCCCACAGGCUUAGGGGUGGUGAAAAGAGAGCUCCUCAUGGAAGUGGUGGGAAACUGCUCCUAUAAGGUCAUCAACCACUUGGACCACCAGUACAAACCAAAGCCCAUAAAGGAGAUGCUCAAUGCUGGGAAGGAGAUGGUUGGUAAGGAGAUGGAGUACAGUGACCUGAGCAGGAACUGUGAGCACUUUGUCACGGAUCUGAGAUAUGGCAAAGCCCACAGCCGGCAGAUUCGUGAAGAGCCCAAGCCUGGAGACCUGAUUGAGAUUUCCCGCAUUGGCUCCUCGCACUGGGCCCUCUAUAUGGGCGAUGGUUAUGUGGUCCACCUGGCUCCCCCAGGGGAGAAGUCUGAGGCUGGAUCCCCCACUGGCUUAGGGGAGGUGAAAAGGCAGCUCCUGGUGGAAGUGGUGGGAAACUGCUUCUAUAAGGUCAACAACCACUUGGACCACCUGUACAAACCACGCCCCAUAAAGGAGAUGCUCAGUGCUGGGAAGGAGAUGCUUGGUAAGGAGAUGGAGUACAGUGAUCUGAGCAGGAACUGUGAGCGCUUGGUCACCAAUAUGAGAUACGGCAAGGCCCGCAGCCGGCAGUUUCGUGCAGAGCCCAAGCCUGGAGACCUGAUUGAGAUUUCCCGAAUCAGCUCCUCACACUGGGCCCUCUAUGUGGGCGAUGGUGAUGUGAUCCACCUGGCUCCCCCAGGUAAGGGGGGUUGAAAGUGUAACUCACCAAAGAUUUGUUAACAUGAUGAGAACAAUUCAACGCCAAAUGCCACCCUGGGAACCCUGCAUUGGUUU